AUUAAAUAACAUAAAAAUUAAAAAUUUUGAAACUAUACCAGCGUCAAAGUGGAGGAUGCGGAGUGUGGGACGGUUGUGAUGUGGUAGCGGUGGCCGGAGAGCGCGAGAUGGGCGGCGCGGGCUGGGCGGACGCGCCGGCGCUGCUGAGCACGGCGCUGCUGCUGGGCGGCGGGCUGGAGCGGCCGCCGCCGCCGCUGUUCACCAUCGACAGCAUCCUGGCGCCGCGCCCGCCGCCGCCGCCGCUGCUGCACCACCUGCCGCCCUUCCACAGGGCGCACGACAUAUUCGCAGGCGUGGGCAGCACGGUGGGCGGCGGUUACGGGCUGUACGGCAACUACGCGGCAGCACUGGGUCUGUCGGGGCCGCCGCCGAAGCGCAAGCGACGCCACCGCACCAUCUUCACGGAGGAGCAGCUGGAGCAGCUAGAGAGCACCUUCGACAAGACCCACUACCCCGACGUGGUGCUGAGAGAGCAGCUCGCGCUGAGGGUCGACCUGAAGGAGGAGAGGGUUGAGGUUUGGUUCAAGAACCGGCGGGCGAAAUGGCGCAAGCAGAAGCGAGAGGAACAGGAGAGGCUGCGGAAGCUGCAAGAGGAGCGGGGGUGUCGCGCCCUCACGCCACGCGCCCGCUCCCCGCCCCGCCUGCCCGCGCCCUCCACGCCCAGGCACUACUCCGACGAAUCCGAAGACUCUGACCUCGAGGUCGCCUAACUCUACGACGAGUGACGGUUCGACGACGAUGAGACCCGAGGCAAUAUAGCUUCGACGAGUCCGACGACUCGCCUGACUCGACGACGAGGACAGUUCGACGACGACGACGCGCUAGGCAUCACUCCGACGACUCCAGCGCCGCCCACUGGAGGUCGUCUGAGUGUGCGACGAAGUGAUCGGUUUCGUUCUUUUUUUAGAAAUUAUUUCGAUGAUUUAGAUUACUGUUAUCGUGGACGAAUAGUGAUAGUGUAAAGUGAAAAGACACUGAAAAAGAGAAAAGUGGACAAUCGUGCAAAAGUGGACGGUCAGAGGAAACUCACGUAAAAUAUUUAGUGCACAAACUAUUUAUUGUGACUCAAGUGCUUCAUUGGAAGUUUUGAAUCAAUAGCGGCUUUUGUAAAUCAAUGUAUUUAUUAAACAAUAUAAUUAUUAUAAUAAUUAUAAUAGUAGUACUUAACCGGAUAAGUAGACAUUUGUCUCCGCUUAGCAUAUUGGUAACACUAAUUUAAGGGAAAAUUUUAAAUUACAUUUCAGUAACAUCUACUUGUUCACAAUAAGAAUCAAUUUAACCUUCGUAAACUUAACUUAUUAUAUUUUACUAAUGCCUACAGAUAGCAUGUUAAAUUGGACAACUAAACUUUAAUACUUAUUUAUUCAUUUAUAAUUUCAAGAGUCAUUAUUUAUUGUAUGAAUGUAGUAUGUUAAAAUCUGAUUCAAAAAAGUAGACACUAGAUAAACUCCUUAAAUUCAAUACUACCAUAGAUAACUAAUAGUUUAGAAAUGUUGUAGUUACUAGGUGUAAUACUUAACAAUACCUAUACGACAUAAUGUAAGAAUACAACAUUGCAAACUUUCUAACUAAAUCUAGAUUAAAACACGCAAUAAACAACUUCUGUAAUUGUUAGUAGGUAGAUAUUUAACACAAUAUAUCUGAAUCUAUAAUAAAUAUGAUAAAAUAACUCAAGCACUGUAUUUUCAAUAAAUAUAUCCUGCUGUAGGUAGUCGGGAAGCCU